GGUACUCUCGACGUAAAAUAAAAGGUGCAACUAGAACAGUCAGACUCGCGACCCCGUGACAUGACAUAUUUCAUCUGACCUGACGUGACCUCGAUGCUCACGCAGUGUGUUUGUCAUCGGACGUUUCCAUUGCUGAGUUAUUAUCGAUCUGUGAACGAAUCGACUGAACCGAGCAUUUCAUUAAAGUAUGAAGAGCUGGUGACAAGUCGCACGAAAGGAUCAAGGAUCAAAUCAGAAAGCGAGAGAGCUCUCUGAAGCGGAUCAGCGAGUUCAGUUUUCGCGCUGAUAACGUGCUCGCCGGCGACUCGCAAUCUCUUGAAGAGACUGACAUUAACAUCAGUAUCUUCGCGUCGGUCGGUCGGGCGCGGCGUUUAUCAAGCUCGCCGGCUGCGAAUUUCGCUUCCGUCACGUACGUGCUCGAGGAGAGCCCGAGCGCCUCGGUAUGGCCGCGCCGGUCUCGGACGUCGACAGUGUCAAGGCGGAAGCGCUGCGGACCUUCGCCGAGAAAUUCGGCGGACCGGCCGCCGUCUGCGUCUACGCGCCUGGUCGCGUCAAUCUCAUCGGCGAACACACGGAUUACAAUGAGGGUUUCGUGCUACCGAUGGCGUUACCGAUGAUCACAGUGAUAGCGGGGAAGUCGCAUGAUGGGCAGAGAACCAGAAUCGUUUCCCUGAGCGGCGCGGCAGGCGAAACGAGCGAAUUCGCAGCGAAUAAUCGCGCCGACAUAAAGCCGGGGGAGCCAAAGUGGGCGAACUACAUCAAAGGGUGCAUCGCCAAUUUUAUCUGCGAUGUUCCCGCAUUCAAUGCCGUGAUAGCGUCGACCGUGCCGGCGGGCGCCGGUCUCAGCAGCUCAGCGGCUCUGGAAGUGGCGACUUACACGUUUCUCGAGGCGUUGAGCGACGAGCGACCGGAGAAACCGGAGGAGAAGGCUUUGGCGUGUCAAAAGGCGGAGCACGAUUUCGCCGGCGUGCCGUGCGGCAUAAUGGAUCAAUUCAUCUCAGUCAUGGGUAAAGAGGGCUGCGCCCUUCUACUGGACUGCCGAGACCUCGCCGUCAAGCAGAUACCCAUGCUGCACAUGGACGACUAUGUUUUUCUCAUUACGAACUCGAACGCACCUCACAAGCUGAGCUCGAGCGCCUACCGCGAGCGCAGGGACUGCUGCUACGAAGCCGCGCGGAUGCUGGACAAGAAGAGUCUGAGAGACGCGGAUAUGAACGAUAUCCGAGCGUUAAUCUCCCGGAACGUACCCGAUCGCGUCGUGAGGAGAGCUCGUCAUGUGGUCACGGAGAUUCGACGAACCCUGGACGCCGCGGAGGCGCUCGAGCGAGGCGACUUCGGGCGGUUCGGCCGACUGAUGAACGAGAGUCACGACUCGCUGCGCGACGAUUACGAGGUUUCGUCCGCGGAGCUCGACUCGUUGGUGGACGCGGCCAGAGCGGUGGACGGCGUGUUAGGCAGCCGUUUGACGGGCGCGGGCUUCGGCGGUUGCACCGUCACCUUGUCGAGGAAAGACGCGGUCGACCGGGCGAUUCAACAUAUGAGAGCGAAAUAUUCCGGCACACCUACGUUCUACAUAGCGACACCGAGCGGAGGUGCUCGAGAAAUCGGCGUGAAUUAGCCGUAGUGUUAACGCCUUAAUCUUAAUACACGCACGCAGGUCGACGUAAUUGCCUCGACACUCGUGUCAUUAGAGCCGCCAUGAUCUUUUACGCUCCGAUGGCACGUUAUCCUGGAGCGUGAUCAACGAAGAACUUUUCUUUCUAUUCUGUUCUAUCUUCAACUGCGCGCGCACAUAUAUUUGCACGCAACGCAUACGGAUGAAAGUCUGCCGAGGCACAUACGCGCCGGGUUGCGCACAUAUUUUACGAUGUAACACGUUAAAAAGAGACAAUCUGAAAUACAGGAAUUAUUUCGCAG